AUGAGAUUAUUAGUAUUUUUAAUAUUAUUAAUUUUUGUAAAUUUUUCAUUUGCAAAUGUUAGACCAAAUGGUAGAAGAUUCUCAGAAAGUCAAUAUAGAACCGCUUUUACUGAAUGGACAUUAAAAUUCAAUAGACAAUAUUCAUCAAGUGAAUUUAGCAAUCGUUAUUCCAUCUUCAAAUCAAAUAUGGACUAUGUUGAUAACUGGAACUCCAAAGGUGAUUCUCAAACAGUUUUAGGCUUAAACAAUUUUGCUGAUAUUACAAAUGAAGAGUAUAGAAAAACUUAUUUGGGUACCAGAGUUAACGCACAUUCCUAUAAUGGUUAUGAUGGUCGUGAAGUUUUAAAUGUUGAAGAUCUUCAAACUAAUCCAAAAUCAAUUGAUUGGAGAACUAAAAAUGCUGUAACUCCAAUUAAAGAUCAAGGUCAAUGUGGUAGUUGUUGGUCUUUCUCUACUACUGGUAGUACUGAAGGUGCUCAUGCAUUAAAAACUAAAAAAUUGGUUUCACUAUCUGAACAAAAUUUAGUUGAUUGCUCUGGUCCAGAAGAAAACUUUGGUUGUGAUGGUGGUUUAAUGAAUAAUGCAUUUGAUUAUAUCAUUAAAAACAAGGGUAUUGACACUGAAAGUAGUUAUCCAUAUACUGCUGAAACUGGUUCAACAUGUUUAUUCAAUAAAUCUGAUAUUGGUGCAACCAUUAAAGGUUAUGUUAACAUUACUGCCGGUUCAGAGAUUUCAUUAGAGAAUGGUGCUCAACAUGGUCCAGUAUCUGUUGCAAUUGAUGCUUCCCAUAAUAGUUUCCAACUCUAUACAUCUGGUAUCUAUUAUGAGCCAAAAUGUUCUCCAACUGAAUUGGAUCAUGGUGUUUUAGUUGUUGGUUAUGGUGUUCAAGGUAAAGAUGAUGAAGGUCCAGUAUUAAACAGAAAACAAACCAUUGUUAUCCACAAGAAUGAAGAUAAUAAAGUUGAAUCCUCUGAUGAUUCAUCUGAUAGUGUUAGACCAAAGGCAAAUAAUUAUUGGAUCGUUAAAAAUUCAUGGGGUACCUCAUGGGGUAUAAAAGGUUACAUUUUAAUGUCAAAGGAUAGAAAGAAUAAUUGUGGUAUUGCAUCAGUUAGCUCUUAUCCACUUGCCUAG